AUGUCAACUUUUGGAGCUUCAACAAGGGGUACGAAUCUGUCAUUGUCACCAGUUCAAGAAAGCGGGACUAAGAAACUCAUCGGAAACAAUAGUAAUCUGGUCGGCAGCAGCGUUUCUAAGCCACCGGCAGCCCCAAUGUCCGCCACAGCACUUUUACAAAAAGCAGCUCAAUCGGGUUCGACUAGAAGCAGCAACAAUCAAGGCAGCAGCUUGGGUGUAAAUGUAAUGUCCUCGUCAUCUUUUUCCAACACUUUGAUGGGCUUCUCGAAUUUGAACCAGGAUCGAUCGAACGAGCUUCAUGAAUUUGUUCAAAAUGCACAUCAAUUAGGUGGUUAUAGUGCAAAUUUGAGUUCAUUAACAAGUUCAUCAUCACAUACCAGUUCUACUACACUUGAGCAGCUGAUGAAUACUAUUCAAAGGGGUUCAAAGAAUAUCGGAACUAUCGAUCGUCAAAACAGUCCAACUAGAGACUUUUUGGGCAUGGGAGGAGGAGCAGUAGAUCAUGCUGAUCAGUUAUCCCAUAACAAUAGGCAAAUGUUUUUUCCACAAGAUCUAGCCAAGUUUGCAUCUUCAAUGAGCCAAUUCACUAGCAAUCACUAGAGCCCUAAUCAGAACACUCGGGGAAGUACUAACAUAUACAACUCCUAGACAACACAGUAGUUCCCGUGACGAAUAAUAUAAUGUUGUAUGUAAGUCUUUCUCCAUAUUUCGUAGUGUUAUUAGUUUGGAAUACUGGAUACGCCAUGUAGUAAGUAAGUCAUUCUCGAAAACUCGAGGUUAAUGUUGACAUAUAUUUAAACUCAGUCUGAGUCA